UUUAAUAGGGUCACACUGUUGCGGCGUUUGUUAUUGUUAAUUUGGUGAUGCAUAGAAUUUAGUAAAGUUUUAAGCAACAUGACGAUUUUUAAUUUGUACAUAUUUGACAAAAUGGGCACUCUAAUGCAUUACGCAGAGUGGAACCGUACCAAAAAAUCGGGCAUAACCCGUGAGGAGGAAGCAAAGCUAACAUAUGGCAUGCUAUUCUCCAUCAAGUCCUUUGUCAGCAAAAUAUCACCACACGAUCCGCGUGAAGGAUUUCUCUACUAUAAAACAAAUCGCUAUGCGCUACAUUAUCUGGAAACGCCCUCGGGAUUAAAAUUUGUACUAAACACUGACACGGCAGCCAUCAAUGUCAAGGAACUGCUGCAGCAGCUAUACGCCAAAGUCUGGGUGGAGUAUGUGGUGCGUGAUCCACUGUGGACGCCCGGCACAGUGGUCACCUCGGAGUUGUUCCAGAGCAAACUUGACGAGUUCAUCAAACAGUCGCCUAUUUUUGGCAUAAGAAAUAUUUAGACUAAGCCCACUGUAUAGUUAAUAGAUACGUAUAAAACUCCAAAUCAUGUGUCAUAA